UGUUCUGAUUGGCUCUGUGAUGUCAAUUGACGUUGCCAUUCUCUGUUUCUGAAUUAAUCAACAAUAGCGAAGAGAAAAUGGCCGUUCCAUAGUGUAACAGGGAAAACGAUGGCAAAACACUCCCGUCACUCUUCUGUUAAAGAUGCACAGAUCGCGGGAUUGUACGAUUUGCAAGAAACUCUAGGAUGUGGGCAUUUUGCUGUGGUUAAAGUGGCUAGGCAUGUUUUUACUGGCGAGCGCGUGGCUGUUAAAGUGAUCGACAAAACCAAACUCGACGAUGUUUCUCUGGCUCACCUAGUCACCGAGGUUCGUUGCAUGAAACUCGUGCAACAUCCAAAUGUGGUUCGACUUUAUCAAGUCAUCGACACACAGACCAAGCUGUAUCUCGUUCAAGAAUUAGGCGAUGGAGGGGACAUGUACGAGUAUAUCAUGAACCACGACCAAGGUCUUUCCGAAGACAAAGCUCGACAUUAUUUUCGGCAAAUUGUACUGGCCAUCGACUAUUGUCAUCAACUGCACAUAGUCCACCGCGAUUUAAAACUGGAAAAUGUAAUUUUCUUCAAAAGUUUGGAUGUGGCCAAGCUUACGGAUUUUGGUUUCUCGAAUAAGUUCUCGCCGGGUCAAAAACUUGAUACUUCUUGCGGUUCUCUAGCCUACUCUGCUCCCGAAGUUUUACUCGGUGACUCGUACGAGGCACCGGCAGUCGGUGAGUAGUACUAUUUUUUAAAGAUAAUAGUCGAUUUAUCAACAGCAAAUCCAGUUACUUGUGCACUUAAUUGUGGACACUUUUCCUGGGUUGAAUCACACAGCUCGUCUUUAGCUAAAGUAUACCUUUGCGUGUUUAAAACAUAUCCUUUACUUUGCGUCUGGAAUUUUCUCGUUCCAUCUCCGGUUUGGUGGAAAUUUCUAUUUCUUAUCAGUAUUAUAUGCUCCUUAUUAUUCCGAGUGAUAAUUUGCAGUUGGUUGGUCGCUGAAAUUUACAACCCUGACAUUUAAAAAGAAGUCAUGCAUUAAAAGGGCUUACAGUACAAUGCGUUCUAGAACGUUUCGUCAAACGAAUGUUAUUUAUUAUUUUAGUCGUUUGGGUUGAAAAAAACUUUAAAAUUUCGACCUAAUUUUUAAUUUUUUGAUAUCCACUGACUCCUCCGUGGGAGGUAUACUUACUCGUGUUUAUAUCUACGCAGUUUGAUUGACUAUAGUUACGUUAUUGGCCAUGUAACAUAUCUGAAUAUAUAUCGUGGGUGAAUGUUAUUCUUUAGACAUCACUGUUGUUUCCGAUGGCUACAUUAACAUUAAAAGAUCAUAGCCUGGUUCACACGCAAAGCUAGAAAAUCUACACCUGCUUUACAAUAGAAACAGACUUUAAUUUUGAACAAUUUUAAGUUGGAUGUUCGCUUGUUAAGAGAAGUGACAAGUUAAGUCAGUAAUAUGUUUCCCCCUUCCUACUGCAAACUAACAGAGGGGGGUCAGCUUUGCCAUGAUUUUUUUGUUGUUGAAAUUACCCAAAUUUUAGGAUGUUACUAAUGUCGAAGCCAUCAUUUUAGCAUGCCAAAAGCCAGUUUUAUAAACUUAAUGCUGUUUGGUGGUAGUCGGUAGUGAGUUAAAUAAUGAUUGUUAAAAUAAUUUAGAGUGAAAAGUUUUCCAUUUGGUAAGUGUUUAAAGACACAUUGCACAACAGGAUAUUUGGAUUUGUGUCUGUUUACACAACAAAGGCAUCUGGGUAUCAACGUUUACUUUACACGAAUCGGCGUAAUUGUUUUUUCUUAGAUUUUCACAAGUCUCUCUGAGGCUCAACAGCUAUGUCCAAGCAAAGAACUCUUCUGAGGACCUUCAGCUGUCUGCUGAAGACAAGUGUCCUGAUCCUUAUAUAGAAAGAUAGUUUUAGAGUAGGUAACAUAACUCAUCUAGAACUCAACAAGCAGAGAUGUUUGUGUUGUGGGUUCUCAACUUCCAUCCUUUAAAAGGCUUUUUUUAAAUCUUUGAAUAUAGAGCAUUCUGUAGACAAUUUAUUAUAUCAAAAACUGCCUAAAGCAGUGUAAGGCAAAGAGACUUUGUUCAAGGGGGUGCCAAGGGGAAGGUCAUCUUUAAAGAAUAUGUGCGGAUGGUCAUUCGUUUUUCUAACAUUGACAACAUUUCUGUGUAAACAAUAAGAUUUUUAUGGAAUGUUAAUACAAAAAGCUGUUUCUAUUUUGAAAACAGGCCCUUGCACAGUACUUAAUUCCAUCAAACAAUUUCACUAGCUGAGGCUUAUCACUUAUGUCUAAGUCCGUUAAUGGAGAAAAGUAGAAAGGAGCAAAUAACUGCUGGGAGUGAAGGUGGUGGGCAUAUAUGUCACAAUGUUAGGUUAAUUUGGGACUGCAUAGUAAAAUAAAAACUAAAUAUGAAACACUUUCUUUCAGAUAUUUGGAGUCUUGGAGUUAUUUUGUUCAUGCUCGUUUGUGGGCGAGCACCUUUUUUUGAGGCUAAUGACAGCGAGACACUCAUCAACAUCAUGGAUGUUCGGUACCAGGUAUCUGACCACGUUUCGCCAGCCUGUCAAAAGUAAGUCCAUCUGAUAGAGUGAAACCUCUUUAAACCUUUAAGGCCCGUAAGGCCCAAUAUCCAUGUGCAAAUUCUCCAGAUGAAUUUCCUUACCUUUCCUUAAAGAAAUAGUUGAGAGAAUUUGAUAGUUGAUCAGAGCACUUUGCCUUUGGUAAAUAUCUCAAUAAUUUUUAUAACCUUUUCUUCUCGAUAUUGUCUUGUUAUGAUUAUUAAUGAGAGAAAAUUGGUCAUCGUUGGGACUUAAAGGGUUAAAAUGGAUCUCCUUACACAUCUUGGCUCUGUCUGUGAAAUACCGUAAAAUUCCGAAAAUAAGCCCCUCCAUGUAUAAGACCCUCCAAAUAUAAGCCCCCCAAACCAGUAACACAAAAAACCGUCCGUUAAAUUGCCCCUCCAAAUAUAAGCCCCCCAGGAGCUUGUACUUGGAAAAUUGCUCUCAAAUACAAAGUAAAACAAAGCAAAGACGAUAAAUUUACUCCCAACUAUGAGGCUAGCCCAAUCGAUUUUGAAAUGCAAAUUUCCUUCCGUAGAUAAGCCCCUCCGAACAUAAACCCUUCCAAAAAUAAGCCCCUCAAAAAUGGUCUUUGAAAAAUAUAAGCCCGGGGGCUUAUUUUUGGAAUUUUACGGUAGUGUUUUAUAACUGUGGUUUGUGUUUUAUUAUCUUAACAGCCUGAUAGAAAAGAUGCUUGUGCGAGAGCCAUAUCUUCGCUCCACACUAAGAGACAUAAUGGAAGACCCUUGGUUUCAGGGGGCCCACCCUCCUGUGCUUCCAACCCCUGUACCCCUAGUUACAGAACUCCCUCUCACACCUGAAGAACAUAACUAUGUUAUAGAAGUAAUGGAGACUGGAAAUAUUUCUGAUCGAGAAACUAUUCAGACGUAAGUACAUAAAUCUUCUAAGCUGAAUUACUUGUGGUGUUAUGAAUUUUGCAGACUGCAGAACACAGACCGUAGACUUCAUACUGCAGAUCAAGCAAUGGUUUUUGACAGAUCUUUUCCACCUUGAUUUUUGGAUUAUUUGAAUACUAAAUUAAUGGGAAUUUUUAUUUUGAGCAGAUUUCUAGAUAUUGAAAUGCAAUGAAUGCCAAAAACAAAUGAUCUCGAGCAAGAGUGGCACAUUGGUGAUAGCACUCGCCUCCCACCACUGUGGCCACGGUUUGAAUCCCGGCUUCAACGCCAUAUGUGGGUUGAGUUUGUUGUUAAUUCUCUCCUUUGCUCCGAGAGGUUUUCCUCCAGGUCCUCAAGUUUUCCUCUCUCCUUAAAAACCAACCAAUCCAAACUCCAAUUUGAUCUGGAUCGCAUGGACACCGUUUCAAGGAGUUCUUAAGAACUCUAACACUGUAAGUGCAGGGGCGUAGCCAGCUUUUCGACUACUUUUAAGCGUAGCCAACUUUCAUUCCCACAUUUCCUGAAAAUUGCACCUAUGACUAGUACGCACUGACCUCACCAACACCAUGAGCUCUUAAGCUUUUUAGCUCACCCCAACAAUGCAUAAUUUAUUACAACCGGUAGAGUGAUCAAACCAAAAAUGUUUAGGCCCGGGGCUAAAGGUUUAUGGGCUGUCAACGCCCCUGAAGUGCUCCGUGGGCAAACAAAUUGCAAAUUACAUUUGGAAUACGGUCAAUCGAACAUGAUGCCUUACUCAAAAAUAUAAUAGGGAUUUUAAGCAGUAACGUUUUUGAGCGACAAACUUCAACCAGAAGGUAACGUUUUUUUCUUUUUAUAUGCGUUGACGCUACCAAAUUUAUAUUGCUAAGUGUCUUUAAUCUUAAAGAGGCGUUUUGCCCAAAAAUUUGUUCAAAAUCACGGCUCAAGAGUGCAAAAAAACCACUUCCGGUUGACGUGCAGCACCCCUCAGAAAUGUCACUGUUUUAAUAAACUCCCUAAUAUCUUAAGCACUCGUGUGCCAAAAUAUUUUAGCAUCUGGCGAAGUGUUUAAUUGUUAGCAGGCAUAGUGAUAAAAUGGUUCAUAAAUUGAUAUUUUUGCGCUUAAUUUACAGGUCGCUCGAGAAGAACACUUAUGAUCAUGUGACUGCCACAUACUACCUUCUGGCAGAGCAACUUCUACGACGUCUGAAAACAGCCAACAACACUUUCAAUUCAGCUAUCACUAGAAGAAGAACUAAUGGUCGACUGUCUCUUCCAGAAAACGUGCGCCGAGAACAAGAUUCAAAACCAAGGUAUGGUGACCAAUGCAGCUUGCAACAACUUGAUUUCAAUGUUUCAAGACAGGUUUGAACGUAGGUGGUAAAUCACGCAACAUCCCUUUUCAACUCCUUUUUAAGCGUUGCAAACUUAGGCUACGUGCAAACGGGCGCAACAACUCCCAACAAUGUUGGGAGUUGUAAGUCAACAAUGUUGCGUCCGUUUGCACGGGGCUAAAAGUUUGACCGGUUUCAAGCUUUGCGCAACAACAUCCAACAACGUGCAACAGGGUGAGCAAACGGGCGCAACAUGUAACAUCCAACAAUGUUGGGAGUUGUUGGUCAACAAUGUUGCGUCCGUUUGCACGGGGCUAAAAGUUUGACCGGUUUCAAACUUUGCGCAACAACAUCUAACAACGUGCAACAGGGUGAGCAAACGGACGCAACAUGUAACAUCCAACAAUGUUGGGAGUUGUUGGUCAACAAUGUUGCGUCCGUUUGCACGCAGCCUUAUUCGGCCUGCUCUUCAGCCAGUGCGGCGUCGGUGCACUAUUUGCAGCCACGUCUGCGUAAUCCGGGUAAUUUUGUUCUUAGCACUUAUAAAAACAUUCCAGUUGAUUUUACACAAGGGACUGUUUAUAUGAUACCAGACUGAAUUUCGUUCCAGAGUGUAUUUCCUACUGCAUUCACUUAAUAACAGCAACUGGAUGACGGUGCGUGACGAAAACGUCACCCAGAAAGAGAAUUCGCGCUAUUUUAAACUUCAUCGCCCUCAUUCCAGCUCUUUAAUUUGUCAGGUGUUGGCGAUAUUUUCAGGAGAUGAGUUCUAAAGCGACUAUUUCCGGCUAAGUUCACAAAAAGAAAAAGAAAGUCGUUGUCUUGUCUACACUUCCUCCAUAAAACGUGAAAUUAGACCUUUUCAGGUCGUAGUCGUGCAGUGACGGCAAAGAAAUGAACAACAAAGCGUGAUGCACGUGCAAAGUUGUUGUUUUGCAAAUCAAAACCUGUUGCUUUUUGCCGUUUUCGUUGCCGUUGCCGUCGCCCUCGUCGUUUCUUAAGCUCCUUUUUAUUUAUCGAACAGCUCAGGCUGAGGCGUUCUCGCUCCACUCGGAUGCUUUUCGCGCCAGAUCAGGUUCGCAUGCAUCACUCGUCUCGCAGGGGCGGAUCUAGGGGGAGGGUGUAGGGGGUGCGCCCGAGAUGACCUGCGGUUUUCUAGGGUAUUCUGCAAAAAAAAAAAUGUGGUUUAUUGGUGUUGAAUAGCGCAAGAACGAAGUCCUGGAUCCGCCCCUGUCUCGGACUACAGGAUUUCCGGUUUUCAAUGAUACAAGAAUUAAUGAAGCUUCAUACCAGAACGAGAAUUUCAUUCGGAAUGAAAAACCGGAAUGAACUCGUUCCCGAACGACUUGUACGGGAACGAAAUGUCGUUUUGGUAUCAUGUGAACAAAUGUAGAUAAAUAAAAGUAAUUCCGUUAUCAUGUGAAUAGCCCUUAAGAGUGUUGGGUAGUGAGCGUAGUGUCCUGAAUCAUAAAUCCUCUUUACAAAGUUCAAAAUAUCCUUUGCCCAUUCCAUUUCUCUUCAAAGGGUGCCCAGUAGGUUUCUCGGGAUCCGGGAUUUGGCUUCUUUGAAGGCCGGGAUUUAUGAGGGUGAGAUUCGGGAAGCCGAAAAUUACCAUCGUUAAUACGUAAUGUUCCCAAUUGGGUUGUUCAGAAUUAAUUUUCAAGGCUUUACAAGGAUUCAUUAGGCUUAACAAUGUUGAUUCGCUAGAAGAUACUGAAGAAAUAGAUCUUGUCUAGUCAGAUAUCCCUUCGACCAUUUAACUGGAAUUUUUUUUUGUCACAGCAUUUCUGUCGUGAAACUAGACGAGGACAUAGAAAACGAAUCUGAAACGCAUUCUGACACCGAGUCCUGCUCAAGCUCUUCACGCACUCGCCGCAACUCUUCAGGAAGACUGGCGCCAAGGGAAGGAACAAUACUGAAUGAAACUAUCAAGGCACAUGCAGUCGAGGCUGACGAAGUGUUGCAUAGCUCAAUGGAGGAAGAUGAUUUGGUACCCGGAAGUCUUCCAAGAACUCAUGGCAAGUUUUCGUCGACGAGUUCACUUCCGGAUCAUAAGCCGUCAACUUCAACGAACUUGCAAUUUUCAACUGAAAUCAUGCAUACUCCUAGUCCCUCAUCUUUGGCGCGACAACACCAAAAUAGGAUUGCUCGCCAGGGUAGAUUGGGUAAAGCUAAAAGCACACCUCUAGCGCUGAAUCAAAUUCACGAGGAACGCGAGUCGGAUUUGGAUGACAGUCCGGCAAAUUCGCCCCGCGUUGAACGGACUAGAAAGCACCUCGGGGGAGGGGUGAUGAAAGCAAAGAGAACGACGCGCCGCCUGUCUCCGGUACCCUCGGGAGGCAGCCGACGCUCUUCAAGUUGUAGUAGUUCGGAUGAAGAUGAAAUAGAAAAGCACAUGCGUCGUCUCAAAACCACUUCCGGUUGUAAACUGAAAUCCAGGCGCUCGAAUACUGAUGAUGGUGGCUUCGACGGUGACAGCGGAGGGGGUACUGGGAUGGGAGGAGGGGGUAGUCUGGGAACAAGGCGUUUAAUUUCCUCCGACAAGCGCUCAAAUGGGGAGUCGUCAUCCUCGAACAAAAGCCCACCACCUAAAAAAGAGAAUAGUGGUAAUGAUGAGUGUUUAAAUUUAAAUUUGAAUGGAUUUGCUCCUUUGUGUGAAGAUUUGGAUGUUAUUGUUGAGAGCAACAAAGAAAACUUGGACCACAAUAACUUGAGUAGUGAUGUGGACGAAACAGAAAACAGGACAAAAUUUGAAGUUUGUAACGGCAAAAGGAGCCCUUUAAUCGAAGAAAAUGACCUGUUUAGUCACAAAGGCGACGGAGAAAAUGAGCGAAACACGAGCUUUAUUCGAGAGAAAAGGACUAAUAGCGCGUCGAAGUACAUUCGGACAAACGAGUGUGAUGCUGAAAUUGAAAAACGGACGUUAAACUGGAAUAACACAGGCGUUCAACAAAUAAACAAAAAUAAGCGAAACUCUUCGGCAGAGGAUGGCGUCAACUUGGAGCUGACCGACAUGAGUCUGCAGUCCAAGGAUAAUUUGAACCGAGUGGAGGAUACCAAGAAAAACAUGCGCCUACUUCGGAAUCCCACAAUGCAUACGGUGAAGAGUAAUUGUUGUCAAAUAUUUUGAAUGUACAAUCUUUUAAAUUCAUUUUAGUUUUAUGUAUGAUAGCUUUUUUAAUCGUUUUACUUUGAGUUUUUUAUGAAGACCGCUCAGAUUCGCGAACAUGUCAUUGUAAAUUGUACCUUUCAUAUUAUUUUGCCUUUUUCUCCUGGGGAGGUUUUUUUUGAACGUUAAUCCAUGAAUUCCGUCCUUUUUUGGCGGAGGUGCAUAUCGGGGGAACAAGUCUACUCGUAAGUUUGUAAGUUAGGGAAAUACAUUUCUUGAGAGGGCCAAGUUAUUCCGUAUCAAACUGGAUGAUUUGUUUUCUUUACCAAGAAAACUCUUAUUACUGUGAAACCACUAUUGCUUUCUUCAACUUAGAACACUUGAAAGUGAAAUUAAACUAGAGAGGUGCGUACAAUCAGACUGAUCGAUACAGAGUUAAACGAUGCCACUCAGUCAAGCUAACUGAUCUUAAAGUAUAGACAUUUGUUUGACCAUGAACAAGGAGAUUAAUUCUUUUAGCCCUAGAGUCUCUUGACUCGUCUUGCGUAGGGAAAUAAAUUAUAUACUCUAAUGUUUACACUUGCGUUGAAAACAACGAGGUGUUGCCGAAAUUCUGGCGUAUUAAUAGAAAAAAAUAUAUAUUACAGUACUACCCCGCGAGUAAGAACCUGCAUUUUCCAAAGUUGUUGAAAUGGCAAUUAGCGCAAAUAUAGGCUCUAGGUUCUUAAAUAGCUUUUUGGUUUUUGAAGGGAUAAUUACAUUGCCAAGUCAGUACGGGUAGUAAAAUGCCAUUCAGCCUAUUACUUCCAAAAGAAAGUAAGUAUUAAGUAAGCUUGUCCCAAUAACAAAGUUUUUAACUCAUUACUGUCUUUGUCGAUCUUGUAGCGGACUUUUGGUUGGUGAGAUAACGCCAACCGUCAUUUUAAUGGGUUGUGGGGUGUGAUUUGGUGUGAUACUUGUCUUAUUUCCCAGUAAUAGAGAGGAGAAGUCGUUACGUCGUGUUGUCAUGGUGGCAAAAUUUCUGGAUGACAACAAACUGAAAACGUCACUUAACAAGUGAAUUCGUACUGUUUGAAACCUCAUCUAUUCAAUUUCAUUUAAUUUGUCAAAUGUUGGCGAAAUUUUCUGGAGUUGAAUCCGAUAGGACCGUCUUUAAGGUUGUGCUCUGUUCUCAACCUACGCUUGAAAUUAGGAAGUUUCACUUCGUAGUCGUACAACGACGGCCAAGAAAUGUACAAAAAAGCGCGUCGCACGUGCAAAGUUGUUGUUUUGCUUGCAUAAACAUAUUGCUUUUUCGCCAGUGGUCGUUGCCGUUACCGUCAUCGUUGUGCUUGCUACCAUGGUAACGUGACGUCACACUUCUCCUGUCCAUUACAAAGCGCCCACGGGCUUUUAUGAUUACGUCACGCUUUCAAUGCAACCGUUGUCCAAACCAAAUGAAGGUUCUGAGGAAAGUAAAUGCUCCAAGAAAACGUUGUCUUUUACUGGCAAUCAUGUCCAAUGAAUUUCAACUGCUUCUGUAACAAGAUGUAGGCAGACGACCUUUUUUCCUCGAAGAGAGUCGAAGAAAAAGUUUUGAGAAUGAUGUAUAAGUUGUUAGCUAUACAGCGUAUUCAUUACUCUCUACAACAUAUUUUGGAAAUUAUAUAUCAGUGUAAUUAAAACAAGAAAUAGAUAUAUAACGAACAGUUAAUUGAUAUCAUAUUCUUUUACAUCUUAAUUCUUAUAAAGAAAGAUUGAUACAACGUGUAAUAUUUUUAAUUUAUUGGCCAGUCUUGACAAUGAUUGGCGUCGAUUGUAUACUACGAAUGUAAAUGAGGCAUGCGAGUGAUCGCCCACCAUGAACCGUUUGAGGAUUUAAUAAAA